CAUAACAGUCUGCAAUUUUGACAGUUUUUGCCCUUCCGUGAAGGGCGAAGACUUGUUACACUUGUUCGUUUUUAAUUUCCUGUAAUUAUCUAAUUUUCCACUCCAUUAGGUUGUGUGCUUUGAGAAAUUAGACACAUUUCUACCGCUGCACAAUGCAGUUACUGUUUAUAUUUGGAAUAGGUUGCUGAAUUUUGGAUUCUUCUUUCUUUUGAAAAGGUGGAAUUUUGACAGGUCAUAAUUUAAAAAGAACUAGUUGAAGCAUUAAAAGCAUUAUCAGUAUUUUUCAAUGAAAAUACUUUAAGAACUCGAAGAAACUUGAGGAGUUAUGUUGAAAGAAGAAGUCUUGCGACCAAUGAGCAAUUUGAAAGCCAAUUCAGACAUGUCAAAGAGCAACUAGAUGCCAUAACUGCUGACAUAAAAGAAAUGGAUUGUUGUUGCAAAGAAAUGACAAGCAGACUUCAGACAUCAAAAGAUAUGACAUCCGAUCUGAUUGGAAAAACAACAAAACUGCAACAUGAAAGGAAAAAAGUUGAGAUGCAAGCAAAGAUUGCAGACGCAUUUUUGGAGAAGUUUCAGUUGAAGCAGGAGGAAAUCAAAGUAUUGCGAGGAAGUCGUGGUGUGAACAUAACAGAGGAAUUCUUUAAAGCUCUUGCACGAGCCAAGCAAAUUCACCAAGACUGCAAGCUUCUCUUACGCUCAAAGCAGCAAAGAGCAGGACUUGAAAUCAUGGAGACUAUGGCACUUUAUCAAGAAACGGCUUAUGAAAAACUUUACCGAUGGACUCAAGAUGAAUGCAGAGGCAUGACGAAUGACUCUCCUGAUAUCACUGGUGCUUUGUGUCGUGCCAUGGAAGCAUUGCAGGAUAGGCCUGUUCUCUUCAAGUACACACUGGAUGAGCUUGGUGGGGCAAGACGGUCUGCGGUCGUCAGAUGCUUCAUCGAUGCGCUGACUCGAGGAGGACCUGGAGGAACGCCAAGACCAAUAGAACUACACUCGCACGACCCAAUAAGAUAUGUUGGCGAUAUGUUAGGCUGGCUGCAUCAAAGUAUUGCUAGCGAGAAAGAGCUGCUGCAUAGUUUGUUACGGAGGACAAAGCCAGAAGCAGAUAAAGAAUCAUCAAUGAAAGAGGUUUUGAAUCAUAUUACCGAAGGCGUUUCGCGACCUUUCAAGGUUAGAGUUGAGCAAGUUAUUACGUCAGAGCCAGAUGCACCUGUCCUUUUUAAGCUGGGAAAUUUGCUCAAGUUUUACAAUGCUUUAAUCUGCCCAGUCCUUGGUGGUGAAUCAAUCGUGAUUGAGACACUUCACGAGAUGUCAGAACUAUGCCAAAGAAUGUUCUACAACAGCUUGAGCUCAUGGGGCAACAAACUCUCUGAAAAGAUAGAGCUUCCGCCAUCAGACCUUGGGCCUAGCGUGUCUGUCCAAGAGACAUUGAGUCUCCUCAGAGAAGUUCUCUCGAGCCAUGAUGCUGCUAUUACGUCUUUGGAGGAAAGGCAAAAGGAUUAUGAUAAGAUACUUUCCGUGGUGCUGGACCCGUUACUGCAGGCUUGCGCAGUAUCUGCAAGUCGAUUGAACUCUACUGACAUGGCCACAUACAUGGUCAACUGCCUCUAUCAAAUUCAGUCCACACUUUCGGUCUUUGAGUUCACAGAUAUUAAGAUUGAGAUGCUGGCGGGUCAGAUUGAGGCCCAUUCAGACACACUGCUAAGCGAACAAGCAUCGUUCAUACUCAACAGGUCGGGCCUAGGACGAGUUUACUCAGUGAUAAGAGACAAUCCGAAGGAUUCUGGAGUCGUCUUGUCCACUUUACCUGGCCUCGACCCUGGAGGUAUCAAAGCAGCUAUGAUUGAAUUCGAUAAAUAUCUUGCCAACCCGGACAGCUUGGUUAUGCCUCAGUGCCAUCUGAUCAGAAGCACAAGAAUUAGGGACACAGUUUACAAAAAGGCCAUCGACCUCGUUUGCCUGGCGUUCAAUUCAGUUCAUUCUGCUAUAAGCGACCCACGGAACAAAUAUGACAGCCCACAAUCGUUACUGCUGCGAUCACCUGAUCAGGUUUUGACACUUCUAAUGUGAGGUGAAUUCCAUUACAUCAUAAUCUCUGACCCUUUAAGGUUAUCCGGAGUUGCCCAGAAUCUGUAUAGAAGCCGGUAAUGCGAAUUUAAUGCGGUUAGAGCAACUACCUGUCAAGGGAAAAGAAAACAUUUCUAAUUGAUAAUUUCGGAUAUUAUGAUUAACCUAUAUGUGUUUUUCUGUAUUAUUAUAAUGCUAUUUGUUCUGGAGGGAUUGGAGCGACAUUUCAAGAUGAUUGAGCCUGUUGAUUAUUAAUUUUACACUGCUACCAGUCA